AUGGCUGAUGCCCCCUCCCCACCCCCCAGCGGCCCCCCCGGCGGGGCGGGGGGGCCAUGGAGCACCGGGCCCCGGCCACCCAUCCACCCAUGGCCCCCCCCUCCCCGUCCCCUCCCCCCCGUCCCUCCCGUCCCCCGGCCACCGCGGGGGGGACCACCCGGGCUGCUCGCCACCGUGGCCACCAUCACGCUGCUGACCGCCGCCGCCGCCUGCCCGGCCGUGUGCCGCUGCUCCGGUGGCCGCGUCUACUGCAACGACCGCGGGCUGACGGCCGUGCCCGAGGGGCUCCCUCCCGGUGCCACCACGCUGUUCCUGCAGAACAACCGCAUCGGCGACGCGGGCAUCCCGGCUCGCCUGGGCCGGCUGCCGGCGCUGCGGGUGCUGUACCUGUACGCCAACGCGCUGGAGCAGCUGCCGGCUCACCUGCCGCCGGCGCUGCGGGAGCUGCACCUGCAGGAGAACAACGUGCGCGGGCUCUGCCGCCGGGCGCUGGCGCGGGCGCCGCUGCUCGAGCGCCUGCACCUGGACGACAACUCGGUGUCGGCGGCCGGCAUCGAGGAGGACGCGUUCGCCGAGAACCGCCGGCUGCGCCUCCUCUUCCUCUCUCGGAACCACCUGAGCAGCGUCCCCGCGGGGCUGCCGCCGGCGCUGGAGGAGCUGCGGCUGGACGACAACCGCAUCCACACCAUCCCGCUGCGCGCCUUCGAGGGGCUGCCGGCGCUGCGGCGCCUGGUGUUGGACGGGAACCUUCUGGCGAACCAGCGCAUGGCCGACGACACCUUCAGCCGCCUGGGAAACCUCAGCGAGCUCUCGCUGGGUCGUAACGCGCUGGCGGCGCCGCCCGCCAACCUGCCCCGGGCUCGGCUCCGCCGCCUCUCGCUGGCCGCCAACGCCAUCAGCCACGUGCCCGCCGGAGCGCUGGCCAGGAUGAGGGCGCUGGAGCGGCUGGAUCUGUCGGACAACAACCUGACCACGCUGCCCAGGGGGCUCUUCGACGACCUGGGCAGCCUGAGCCACCUGGGGCUGCGCAACAACCCCUGGUUCUGCGGCUGCAACCUGGCCUGGCUGCGGGACUGGCUGCGGCGCCGCGCCCCCGCCGCGCUCGAGGUGCGGGGGCUGCUGUGCCAGGCGCCGGCCCGGCUGCGGGGGGCUGCCGUGGGAGAGCUCCGGGGGGAGAUGGACGCCUGCGAGAGCCCGGGAGCCGCGGGGGGAACGGGCGGCGGGACGUCCCCCCGGUGUUUCCCCCGGUGUUUCCCCCGGUGCGGCCGCCGCGUCGCCGGGAGGAGCGGCCGCCGCCUCGCCGGGGCUGUGGGUGCAGGCGGCUCCCGGCGGGGCCCUGCGGGUCCGGUGGCCGCCGGCUCCUCCCGGGGCGUCCUGAGGCUGAGCUGGCUGCGGCCCGGGGGGGGAGCCGUGACCGAGACCUUGGUGCGGGGGGAGCGCGGCGAGUACGUGGUGCGGGCGCUGCAGCCCCGAGCCCCGUACCGGGUGUGCCUCGCCGCCCUGGAGCCCCCCGCCGCUCCCCCGCUCUGCGCCCAAGCCCGGGCGGGCGCCGGGGACCCCUCCCAGGCCGGUGGUGCCGCCGCCCCCUCCCCAGGGGGGGAUGCGACCCCCGCGCUGCCCCCGGCCGCGGCUUUGGGGGCGGCGGCGGCGGCGGCGGCGAGGGUCCCCCCGUGCAAGCCCCGCCCCUUUCGUGCAAGCCCCGCCCCUUUCGUGCAAGCCACUCCUCCGCGAAAAAGCCCCGCCCCCGCUCCCUUCCCAACGAGACCUCCGCGCCGCAAGGGGGCGCUCCCCGUCUCCACCUCGCCCUCUGUGAUCAGCGCCGCUCGCAGCCAAUGGGAGAAGCGGAAAAUUCCAGAAGUCCCAGAGGAGCUCAGCCAAUGA